AUGCGCCGAUCUGGAGCCUGGAAGCCCCUGAUCUGCUUGCUUUUUAACUGGUCUAUAUCAUCUAUUGUGGCUUGGUUCAAGCGACGACUACCAGGCCGCGAUCUCCUCCGUGGCACCGGAGGUGCCGACGCUUGCGUGCAAGGAUUCGCAAGGCCUCUCGAAGUCAGUCGUCGGCUGGUUCCUUGGGAGGUGAACCUUCUCCGCCGCCACCACGGAAGUAUGCCUCCUCGUCAACGCGACAAUCCACAAAAAGGCAAGGGGAAGGGCUCCGCGACUACGGAAGAGUCACAGAAGGAAGCCCUGCAUUUUGGUUAUCCGCCCCAGUUAGUCACAGCUCUUCAAGCCAUCGCGUCUCGCUCCACCGCCGGUCUUUUCAGGGACCCAGUGGCAAUAGCAGCGGAUCAGUCUGUGCAACAGCUUGCACAGUCACAAGCCAAUACACUGGACAAGUUGGGGAAGCGCCUCAACGGCAACCUGCGUGCCAAACUCAGCUUGCAGGAGGCAGCGACGGCUUGGCUGGGAAAGAUCGGUCAACACCUUGCAGCUUUGACCUCCCGGCUGAGCACAGUUGCUGCCCGGUUGGACCAAGAUCAGGCCGAGGCUAUCACCGCGCUGCAACAAGCCUCGGUACAUCUAGAGGCAAGUGCGCAAGAGCAGGUGGACAAGGCUUUGGGUGGUAUGGGGCCCGUCUGGAGCCAGGCACAGGAAUCCGAAGUGCUUCGCAUCGCAGCCAGCCUACGUGCAUUCAGCGCAGUAGGCCAGUAUCCCCUGGACGGGAGCGGGCUGCCUGGUCCUUCCGUUCUGGAGACACUAUCUUCUAGCACAGGCUCCGCGACGUCUACACCGACACGGCCACAGCCCUCUGGAGAAGGGAUGGACACAUCAGCCACAGAUUCUACAUCCAAGCGACGCUGGAAUCAACGUGGCAACCGCUAUCCUCGACCUUCCAAGAGUCCUCGCCGGGAGAUGGAUCUCGCUGCCGAGCCCUGGACUCGUGUUACGACAGGGCUUACUCCGGAGCGCCCAGACCGCUGGGUGGGCCCCAGCGAAGAAGAGGAGUUAAUUCCGGCAGUCCCUUCACCUCCCUUCACCUGGACUACGGCAUGGUGUCAAAUUUCCAGACAAUGUUGGGAGCAGGGUGGAGACUAUGUCGGUCUACUCGGAUCUUCGGAGGCACAGGAACAGGCUCGACCCCUGCAGGGGCUUACUGCCGACCCAGCUCCAGUGAUUGCCGAGGGCGAGGCUGCCUGGGCGGCUCGAAGAGGUCUGCUCAUCUUGGCGCACGCUGUGAUGGGCCAUCUUUACAGCAUCGACGACUUCGGCCCGUCGACCGCCCAGGUCAUAUCCGUGGUACAUGGAAUUCUGUGGCUCUCCGGGUGUUGGCGACGAUGCCGUGUCCCCUACAUCGGGUCCCAGACGUUGUCGUGUGGCACCUUCAUGAAUCACUGCUAUGGCCUUUUCUGUCUCUGGCUUUGCACCUGUGUCCACUGCCAAUUCCACCUUGUCUGCAGCGCUGCCUGCACGGCAUUCCCCGUUACUGUCCAGGGUCUCGGGCCCAGCGGGGCAACGGACGCAGACGGGGUCGUGGCUGAACCGGCGGUCUUGUUACAGGCAAGGCUCCCUGCUGAGCAGUUGCUGUUCGCCCCUCCGGACCUAGGGUGGAAUGCCGUUCUUCUGCCGAUCGACGUGCGCGGCGAACGUUCAGACACCUGUGGGCAGCUUCUGGCUAAUGCUUUAGAACUUCAGGGUAGGUUCAGGGCUCUGCAUGGCGUCCUGGGACGGUGCUGUCUCGGAUGGUUUUCCUUAGGGUCCCAGCCCCUGAUACUCCCGAGUGUUGAUGCUCUUCAGUUUGCUUACGGGCCCGAGCCUGGUCAAGUGCAGCCGCUCUUUGGCACCUCCUUGGAGCCUCCCUUCACCCUGGAUACCUUGAUGCAAGUUAGCGCAGUUCAGGCGGGGCCGCCGCUGGAACUCUUCUCGGGCUUCUCUGCCAAUCACGCGGUGCUAAUCACACCUAACGGGCUUGUCUACGUCGAGGUGCCGGUGUUUGCUGACUCCAACACUUACAGGCGGCUUGUGACUCUUCAGGCGUCACCGUCAGCUGCUGGAGGUAUCAUGCGUUUGUGGCAGCCCCUCCCUUCAUUGCCCCACGUGCAGCUCUUGGAAGUCCACUGUACCGGCACGACGGUGCCAUGUGUUCUGGACUUCCGCCCCACCGGAUGGCGCAUUGUCACCACGUGCGUGGAACCUCCUGUCACUCCGGUUCGCGCCUUGGAGUCUGCAGUGGAUGAUGGCCUUGACUUGCCAUCCGAGUGUGGCGGUUUCGGCAUUUUGCAUAAGGAAACUGCGGUCGCGGCCACCCAGCCUCUUCUAGGCGGCGCUCCAUUUGUCUUGAUGUUUUUCCCUCAUAUCUUCACGCAUGAUGACGAUAGCUCGGGUCAGGCCAUUGGAGGUCAGGUUGGGUCGAUUGGCCAUCUGGCAGCUUCCUCCGUGGAGGAUCCAGGUCCUUCUGACGAGGGCCAUGCCUGGACUGCCUCGCCUUAUGAUGUUCUAGUCGACGCCUCCUUUGAGGGCAGGUUGCAGACUCAUUGGCAGCACAGUUCCUUGGAUGUGGCAGGUCUGUCCGGCCGGCCCCGUGUCUUUGCUGCCUCUUUGGGAUUGUCGAUCACUCAAGUACACCUGGUCAUGGCUUCGACCGCCUCGGCCACUGCCACCGUUCUGUUUGACGCUGGCUUCGAGGUCUGGUGUGCUGACGUCCCGAGGCACGCACCGGCACCUCACUUGUUGACUGUAGCUUGCGAUCUUGCUACCACCGAUGCCUUGCAGCUGAACACCGAAAUUUCGCUUCUUUUGCGGCAUGGUGAUGUCCUUCCUGUCCGGCUGGAUGCUGAUCAGGUGCAGGUUGAUCUGUCGCGACAUGUUUUGGCUCGGCCCGCGGAAUCGGCUGCAGUGUGGUUGGACCCUGUGCAGUCGUUCUACCUUCUAUCCUUCUCGCGAGGUGUGCAAGGUUUCCAGGUCGCCGUCGGGUCCGAUGUCCAGGUGUCCAUGCUACGGGCACUACUUCCACCCGACGAAGGGCCAGGAGGUACAUUCCUUGAGCUCCCCUCUCGGGCGAGUCUCCCGCUCCGGCUUUUCGUGCACUGCCGCCAGGGCAACGAUCAUGUGGUAUUUAGGGUUUCAGAAGCUUCAGACCCUUCUGACACUGGCUUCUUCUUUCUGUUUUCGGGCGCUUUCGAUACCUAUGCUGAUUUCGCCAGGCGUCUAGGACAGCUGCAGACCGCGGAGGCUCGAUGGCUUAGGGCGCUUCGGCCCUAUGGACUGAGGGUCACCGCUUGGGAAUCUAUGGAGCUGACCCGGUCUGCAGGUGCGUCCUUUUGGUAUGUUCAGCUCCACGCCGAUAUCCUACGUGCACAACUUCAUUUUGCGCAUGUUCGAGCGGUCCCAGCCUCGUUUACUCAGGUGGAACUGCAUCCGGCCCCAGGUCGUCCAGUGCCACAGACCACUAAGGCUACACAGACGAUAGCAGGGCCGGGUGGUUUCCCGCAUGAGAUGGCUGUGUGGCAAACUCCCCCGCAGCCCACCCAUUGCGAGCCAGGAUUAUUUCCUGAGGUUUCCUCGACUCUUGCUGACGUGUGGUGCGAUGCCUGGCAUAUUAAGUAUCUAAUUCCUUGUAUACCGGGAUAUAAGGCCUGGGUUCUUCGGGAUGGUAACCGGCUGAUUGGCCUCUGCACGGUUGACAUAACGUGGGAUCUUGUCUCUCAAGCUCUGCACAUAUCGACGUGGGAGCUCCCUCAGACCUUCGUGCAUGGUGAUGGUCUCUUGGUGCCGUAUCCCGAACCACUGCACCAUGCUAGUGACAAGUGCCUUAGUGUUUCUCAUGAUACGCCGGAGGCUGUCAACUGCCUACACCAAAUAACACAGAAUCGACGCCAGAGCCUGCAGACGGCCCGCAGUUCUGCCGCAAUGCUUCCUCCGGGCUUUCUCGGCGUCUUCGCUGGUUUUUGCCUCAGCAUUUGGCGCCUGUGUCUUGGCUUUAGCGUGCUUCUUCUGUCUCCUGGCGUCUCCGGUGUCAGGCUUGACGAUAUUAUUGCUGAUGCAGCUGCGGACCCUGCACCUGACCCCUUGCCUUUCCGUGACUACAUGGACCUCACACGGACAUGUACCAUGUCCUGGACUCAUGAGCUGAGUCGGCAAGCACUCGGUUUCUCCGUCCGGGCUCAGAUAUUGGGUGAACACCUUCAACGCAUUGCACCGGCUCCAGAAGUCCUCCUGAACUUGUGGAGACCUGGUCGCGGCCCCACCCUGCUUCAGGUCCGCCCCCGUCGCUUGGCCCUGCACUUGGCUAGUUUCCUCCGAGCUCUGGGCUACGCAGAGGGCAUUGACAGCCUCCACAUAGCCUUUGACACCAGCCCACAUGUUCUUGAUCUUGUACUGGUACCCCCGACGGGUGGCACGUGGUGGAUCCUGCAGGACAGCACUGGGCGUGAAAUCCUCAGGGGACCUGCUGGGGAGGAAGCCAUUUCCCCUGCCCAAGGGACGUUGCCCGAGGUUGCGCCAGAAGUGCCGACACGCCGCGAGGUGGCCUGCCAAACAGCGCAUGGAGAAGAGGCAAGCUCCGACCCAACCCGCCCUAAUGCCUCGCCCGCUCAGCGGAGAUACCCCCCUCCUCACAGCGCGCACAUCCUAGGCAUCCUAGGCAUGUCCCUCCUCGGAGCGCGUGCGGAGACCCGUUUCCUUGCUGGUCUUUUGGGGGUUGCUGCCUCACUUGAUGGUGUUUUUGGCUCUUAUUUCACCCCGGAUGCCAGUGGAUCCGAAGACGAUGAUGCGCACCCUGCUGAUGUCCCUGAGGGCCAUCGUCCCGGGGACGGUUUGCAUUUGAGGCCGGCCGGACCUCCGCCUCCCACGCCCGCUGGUGCUGCAGAUGACCCUGAUCCCGCUGAUGCCCGGCUCGUAUAUAAUGAGACCAUGCCUCCGGAUCUGAACUUUCUGCCCGGUUCCAUGCGAUCUGUUCAUGUUACCCGCCGUUUCCCUGCCCCGACGGUCAUCCGUUGGGUUCAGAAUAGGGCACGCCGUUCCGUUUUCACAACCCCUUCACAGCCAGAGGGCAAUGCCAUGAGGUGUGCAAGGAAGGUUAGACCUCCCGCAAUACACAUCGAUGUGGUGCAGGACACCGUUACCUUUCGCUCGGGUGACUGCUUUCGCAUUGAUACCGAGCGUGAGCAUACUGCCGCAUCUGAGUAUGCCAGGCUUGAGGAGGCGGACCAUGAAACUGCGGAGGUCUCCUCUCACCCCACUCCGGGUGAUAUAUCGUGUGGCGGCAGACCCUUGCCUGCCCUGUUGGGUCUCCUAGGUGGCAUCGUGUUCACUAGCAGACGUUUUCUGCCCUGGUGGUGGGCUGCUGGCAUCGCGGUCUCCCUUGCCAUGCAUAGGCCAGGAGGUUUCCCCUGGCAGACACCUUCACAUGAACGAGUCUUUCGUCUUCCCGACACCGAGGCACAGGUCCAGGUGCUAUACUACAGUCCAUUUCUUGGCAAUUUUCCUGCUUAUUGGGCUGCCCCGGACACAGAUCAGAGCACCGUGUGGGCGCAAUUCCUGAACGAUGAUGCUGCCUGGGCCACGGACUUCUUCCCCGUCUGGCCAGGUCUCCACUUCAAUGCCUUGGCCUUCAUCCCAGUCGGCGGUGAUAUUUCCACUGUUACGGUGAUCUUCCACUACAGAGGUUUUGGCCGUGCAGUCCUGAUGCCGCGUACAGUCACAGACUCAUGGCUCCAGUCCUUUGCAUCUCAGCAGGUGAGCGCAGAUGUCGAGGACAUUUUUCUGCCGCAUGCUCUUGAAGCCUGGCGCUUCUAUGACGUCCCUCCACCGGACUACCGCCUGCGUAACGGAGAUGUCAUCUACCUCCGUGAUCGGGAACGGGGCCGUGACCCACUAGAGGCUGAGGAACCUUGGGACAUCCAAACCAGCGGCACGGGCCAACACGCCCCCUGGGCGGUUGGCUUUAGGUUGGAUAGCGAUACUGUUGCUGACCUUCUCCAGCCGGGCCACCGCCCUACUUUUGUCUCUAUCCCAGCGGGCGAGACAUGGGCCCCUGUGCAGUGUACUUUCUCCGGCGAUUUCCACCUUCAGCACCCGGGCAUGUGGACCCCUGUGCAAUGGUCUUCGUCCAGUGUACCACAACUCAUGCUAAUUAGUGGGGUGGCAGCCGAGGCCAAUGUUGUCGUUGCCUCCCCUGCUGGCCGGCGCGUGCGGGCGAUCCCACGCCAUGCUAGCCGCGUUUCCCUCGCAACAUGCACAGGCUUAUGCCGCGACUCCUUAGUGCUUGGAGGCGUGCCUUUGGCCUCCCUGGACGCCGGUGUCGAGAUUCGUAAUGGCGAUGUUGUUUUUGGCGACCCAGCCACUUGCUCUUCUGCCUCGAUGCGGCGCCUACCUCUGUUGCUCCUGGCGACCGCCCUUUGGACGCAGGCCUGCACUCGUCACCUGCUUCUCGGUGUUCUCCUUCUGGUUGGUGCGGACGCCAUGCAGCAGCCACUCGCCUUCUCUUUCAACGCCUACCGUGUCGGUAGGACCCGGCCUGGGGCGCCACCCCUGGAGCAUUUCGCCUUGUGCAUACCGCGGGUUGCCACGGUUGCCUGGCUUGUGAGUGCCCUCCGGACGGCACGCGUUCUGGACGUCCUAUCCCUCCGCAUACCCCCGGCCUUGGGCCAGAGCUCAGGAGAUAGCCAGGAUGAAAUUACAUGGCGCACUGGCGACCUUAUUGUGGUGCUUCCCCCCGAUGCCUUUACGGGUCUUUUCCAAACCCCGGUCUUUACUAGAGCUGAGCAGCUACGGCACUGCGCUAUCUGGUCCUUGGACUUCUGCCUGGCCGCGAAGUCUGAU